AUGGGCUUUGUCUCGGGACGUGCGCACAACGGCCGUGCGCUUUCCGGAAGCACGAAGCCAAAUGACACAACGUGCUCUUGCUGUAGGGUCAGUGCCCUCUGGCGAGCAGGUCCAGGCCACAGACUUGCGAGGCGCAGUGCUAUCGAGCGCGCGCUGCCACGGCCAGGAGUAGCUAGGCCUAGAGCCCGUUCAAAGGGAGCAGCACUUGAGGUGCAACUGCGCACUCCAGGUAGAGCGCCGUCACCCAGCGAGACCUUGGAACCUGACUCGAGUGUCUCGGAAAGGAACCGAGACGCCGGCGCGCUCCCAGCGCUAGACGAAACACAGCGUCAGGCUGCUUACCGGAAGCUGCGCGAUCCUUGGUUCUAUCCAAAAGGUACGCUGAUGCGCACUUUCGGCUGGGCUUCUGUUCCGUCCAUAUGGGAAACACUUGCCGAAGCGUACAGCGAGAUCACGGCUCUCAUCGACGAGCAUAAUCCAUACCGCCAGAAGAUAAGCUGGACGUAUGCGGAGGUUCACGAGGAAAUCCGAGAGUUGGCUGCAGGUCUUCGCCACCACGGCCUAACGAACCUGCAACCGGGAGACAUCGUUGCACUUUUCAGUGAGAAUAGCGCACGCUGGCUCAUAACCGAUCAGGCGCUCAUGUGGAAUGGUGCGGCGUCGGCAGUGCGCGGGACUGCUGCACCGCUCGAUGAACUCGCCUAUAUUCUCGAGCACAGUGAUGCUUGCGGGCUUGUCGUUGAUACGCCCACCGUAUUGGAAAAACUCAUUCGAAACGAACAGGCCACUCGCUGCCUGGCGAAACAGGUGCGAUUUAUCAUGGUAUUAUGGAAUAGAAAAGGUGCAAUCGCGGAACCUAUUCGUUCAGCGGUCGGGUCGGUUCCAAUCUAUACCUACGAGGAGGUCACGGAGACCGGGCGAGCGAAAGUGCGAGAUGCCCUGAACCGUACGUCGAGAUCGCCCGCAGACGCUGAAAUGGAGCGGGCGCUUUGGCGUCCCAUCGCAGAACGUGAGAUGUUAGCGACGCUGGUGUAUACCUCGGGAACGACGGGCCAACCAAAGGGCGCUAUGUUGACCCAUCGCAACCUGCUCCACCAAAUCAUGGCCAAUUCUUUCUCCAGGGCAUGGCGACCGCUGCUACCGUCGCAGGACGCAUCCGCUGGAGACGUCAUGGUGAAUAUUCUACCCUGCUGGCACAUUUUCGAAAGAAUCGGAGAACUUUACGCCCUGAGCCGCGGCGUCUCCAUGGUAUACAGCAAAUUGUUGCACUUCAAAGAGGAUCUCGCACGUCACCGACCCCAUCUCCUUGUUGGGGUACCACGUCUUUACGAGAGCAUUUAUCAGGGAAUCAAGUCGCAGCUGAUGAAGCAGGGUCGAUUCCGACGUGCACUGAUCUUUGGCCUCUUGGGCAUCAGCACUCGGUUUGUGCAGUGGCGGCGGAUUCGAGACGGGGCCCUUUUUGAUCGCCACGUCUCGACGCUGGAGCGCAUAUAUGCAGGACUUUGGACGUUGCUGCUGUGGCCGUUGCAUAUGCUCGCAAACCUCAUCGCAUGGCGUCAACUGCGGCGUAUGGCGCUCGGCGGGCGCGUGCGUACCCUAGUGAGUGGAGGUGGCUCCCUUGCCAUGUUUCUGGAUGACUUUUUCGAGGCUAUCGGCGUGUUGCUAAUCGUGGGUUACGGGCUCACAGAGACGAGUCCGGUUCUAGCCAAUCGACUUCGAGAGCACAACAUUCGCGGGACGACGGGGCUAGUGGUGCCCGGCACACAAGUCAAAAUCGUGGAUCCUGAAACGCGUCAGACCCUGCCACCGGGUCAGACUGGUAUCAUCUGUGCCCGGGGAGAGCAGAUUUUCCAAGGCUACUACAAGGACCCUGCGGCUACUGCGCGCGUCAUUGACAGUGAAGGAUACUUUGAUACUGGCGACCUAGGGUUCUUUUCGCAGUACACCGGUGAUCUGGUGAUUGCCGGCCGACUGAAAGACGUUAUCGUGUUGAACAAUGGCGAGAAUAUCGAGCCGACGCCCAUUGAAGACGCGAUGCUUGGUUCCGACUAUAUUGAUCAGGUGAUGCUCGUGGGCCAGGACCAACGGGCGCUCGGUGCUUUGAUCGUGCCUAACCUGGAAGCACUGGCGGUGGACGGCCUUGUCUCCGCGGAGACACGUGAGCGAAUUCAGUCACUGCAGCGACAACGUGCUAGCUGCGAACGUGCGGAGGCCGCGGCGCUAGACGCUGCGCUCGCUCGCGAGGCUGCAGCCAUGGAGCAGGAUCCACGUCUCAGGGAAGCGCUGCAACGAGAAAUCACGAGUCGGGUGGAGGCUCGGAAAAACUACCUUGCGAUUGAGCGGGUGUCACGUUUCCGGAUUCUAUUGACUCCAUUUACUGUUGACGACGGGACCCUGACGCAAACGCUCAAAGUACGACGCAAUGUGGUAGCAGAGCGCUAUGCUGAGCUCAUUCGUGCCAUGUACGAGUCUUGA